ACUCGAUUAUGUUCGACACCACGGAUCGAAAUUUGAGGGAUGGCUGAGAAGGAUUUCAAUGGAAGACGUGUGCAGGGAAUCGGAGAGUUGGAGACUAGUGAGCUUGUACUGGUUCCAGGUUACAGGUAUAUAAUGAGUGAGCAUCAAGAGAGAUUCAGAGUGAGCCUGAGCUUCCCCUGAGCAAAGAUCAAAACAGAACCAUGCAGAACUCUUGCGUUCUACUGAGGAGUGGCAACUUAAGCUUCGAGCAGUUGGCCGUCCCUGACCUGACUCCUAACCAGGUGCUGGUCCGCAUGGCUAAGGUGGGGCUGUGCGGGUCUGACCUCUCCCUUGUGUACAAGGGUCAAAUGGCGGACUUGACUUUGCCUGUGACAUCCGUCAUAGGUGUUGGUCAUGAAAGCUCUGGAGUUAUCGCCAAGUGUGGCUCUGCCGUCAAGCACCUCAAACCUGGUGACCGCGUGACCAUCGAGCCUGGUAAUAGCUGUCGAAACUGUGACUUGUGUUUGAGCAACAAAUACAACUUGUGUGACAAGUCCUCCUUCCAUAAUAAUGGGGCCCUAUAUCCAGGAAUGCUUGCUCACUACUAUACAAGCACUGCUGACUUGUGCUUCAAGCUGCCUGACAAUGUGAGUGAAGAGGAGGGUGCCCUUAUUGAGCCUCUGGCUGUUGCAGUUCAUGCUUGCCGUCAGGCAAAUGUUGAACUUGGUUUACCUGUACUCAUUUGUGGUGCUGGACCCAUUGGACUUCUCUGCCUCUUGACUGCCAAGGCCAUGGGUGCUACCAACAUCCUAGUUACAGAUAUUAAAGACAACCGUCUUAAGGUUGCCAAGAUUAUGGGUGCUGACCACACACUGCUGGUGAAGGGUAGUGAUCCAAAGAGUCUAGCCAAGAAGGUGGUGGAAGUUAUGGGCUGCAUGCCAAAUGUCACCCUGGAGUGUAGUGGGGUACAGUCCAGUGUUACCACUGGUAUUUAUGCCACAAAGUCAGGUGGCAUAUUAAUGCUAGUAGGUAUUGGAGGAACUGACAUGACACUGCCCAUCACCCAUGCUGCUGUGAGGGAAAUAUCCAUCAAGGGGGUGUACCGCUACUUGAACUGCUACCCAAUUGCCAUUGACAUGAUUGCAAAAGGACUGAUUAAUGUUAAGCCACUCAUCACCCACCGGUUCAAGCUUAACGAGUUCCAGAAAGCCUUUGACAUGUUCCACACAGGUGAAGAUGGAGCCAUUAAGUGCAUAAUCUCUUGUGAGUAACUUGAGAAAUAACAGAACAAGUCAUACAAUAAAAAUUUAUCCUUA